CCAGCUCCCCGCUGCCCUGCGCACGGCGGGCUGGCAUCGGGCCCGGGGAAAGCGGAGCAGGUCGGCGGGACUGAGGGGCUCGGCGGUGCACCUCGAAGACAGAGUCUGGAGGAGGAGGGAGAGACGUCAAGGAUAGGCCCAGAAUAACAACCAGGAAAAAAAUCUCAUCAUGGCAAAUAUACACCAGGAAAACGAAGAAAUGGAGCAGCCUCUGCGGAAUGGAGAAGAGCGGCCUUUAGGGGGAGGUGAAGGCCACCAACCUGCAGGAAAUAACAGACGAGGACAGGGUCGCCGACUUGCCCCUAAUUUUCGAUGGGCCAUACCAAAUAGGCAGAUCAAUGACGGGCUGGGUGGAGAUGGAGAUGAUAUGGAAAUGUUCAUGGAGGAGAUGCGGGAAAUCAGGAGGAAACUUAGGGAGUUACAGCUGAGGAAUUGCUUGCGCAUCCUUAUGGGGGAGCUCUCCAAUCACCAUGACCAUCAUGAUGAAUUUUGCCUUAUGCCCUGACUUUUCCAUUUUCCAUGAUAUUGAUACUGUGAUUCCUGCUGGUUCUCCUGUUCCCUGCAUUUUCCUGUUAUGCCUUUACCCAUCUGUUUGCUGUGAAUCUGUUAUUUCCAUGUGUCAGGUGGGUCUUGUAUUGCCAGCUUCUAAUUGGAGAUUGCCUUUACAAUUGGUGUAAGUUUCUGUCAACAGUAGUUUUACCCAUUUGCAUGAAAAAUGUAAAGUUAAUAAAGCAGUUAAAAAGCAA